AAACUUUCUUCUUUCCUUUUCGACCGAUCCAAACGAUUUAGUGCAGGGCCUGCGCGUUGAAACAAAACGGAACAGAAACUUUCUUCAUUCCUUUUCGACCGAUCCAGACGAUUUAGUGCAGGCGUUAUGUCCCUCUUAUUGGGCCACACUCUCUUCCCGAUACGAAACGUGCAGCUGACUCUCCGGGGCGUUUCGUCCCGAAACCUGGCGAGGAUGAGGAGAGAUGAAACCCCCCUGAGUACUGGGGUAGAGACGACCAUAAGAUCGAACCACCCCCGCAUUGAUAAGCUUCAAGAACUUGUGCGCAGCGACGGUAGUUGGGAAGCAAGUUGGGAGAAAGGUGUGACCCCAUGGGAUCUAGGACAACCAACACCUGUUAUUUUACAUCUUCAUCAGACAGGAGCCCUUCCCAAGGGCAGGGCUUUAAUCCCAGGAUGUGGCAGUGGUUACGACGUACAAGCAAUUGCAUGCCCUGAACGCUAUGUUGUUGGAUUGGACAUAUCAGACAGUGCCAUUAAGAAAGCACUGGAGUUGUCUUCCUCAUCACUGAAUGCAAGUAAUUUUACCUUCUUGAAGGCAGACUUUUUCACUUGGAGUCCAACUGAAUUGUUUGAUCUUGUUAUAGAUUAUACGUUCUUCUGUGCCAUUGAACGAGACAUGAGGUUAGCAUGGGCACAGCGAAUUCAUGAUAUUUUAAAACCUGGUGGAGAGCUCAUAACGCUAAUGUUUCCAAUCAGUGAUCAUGUUGAUGGACCCCCUUACAAAGUAUCAGUUUCAGAUUAUGAAGAUGUAUUGCAUCCCUUGGGCUUUAAGGCAGUAUCCAUUGUGGAUAAUGAAAUGGCUAUUGGACCUCGCAAGGGAAGAGAGAAGCUUGGCAGGUGGAAGAGAUCCGUAGGCCAAUCCUCUUUAUGAUAAAGAUGGGGGGGGGGGGG